AUUUACCUUCAGUCAAUUUGUGUUUACUUGUUUAAUUGGAUUCGUUUUUGUUAAUUUAUUUUAUUUUUAUUUUUGUUCUGUUAAUUUUGUUUUUUUGCUUCAACCAAAUGUCUUUUAACACUACAAUUUGGCCUGAGAAGAAUGUAAAAUAUGCUCUUUUGGUCACUUUUCUUGUUUAUAUGAUAACCGUUUAUGUAGUUUACCUUAAUUUUCCCAAAUUAUCCGAGACUGAGAAGCUAAAAGUGAAAAUACCAAAGAAUGAGAAUGAAGUGAAAAAUUUAGCCUCAGUUCUGGUUAAAUAUCGAGAUGAUCAUUAUAUGGUUUUAUUUUUCGCCGUGACCUCAUUGUACAUUCUACUCCAGUCAUGUGCUAUACCAGGUUCAAUUAUGUUGAGCCUUUUAUCAGGUUACCUGUUUCCAUUACCUGUGGCUUUGUUUCUUAUUUGUCUAUGUUCAGCCACUGGCGCAACGAUUUGUUAUUGUAUUUCAUAUUGUUUUGGUCGAGAUCUGAUUCUUAAAUAUUUUCCUGAACGAGCGUCAGAAUAUCGAGCUAAAGUGGCCAAAAACAGGUCAUUUUUACUAUCAUACAUUUUGUUUCUCAGGAUAACCCCCAUCAUACCAAAUUGGGUCAUCAAUCUUGUCUCACCUCUUAUUGAUGUGCCCAUUUCAACUUUUUUCUGGGCCACUUUCUUUGGUGUAGCACCUCCUUCAUUUCUUCAUAUACAAACAGUUAAAACGCUGGAGAAAAUUGUUGCCAGUGGGUCAUCACAUUUUAGUUACACAAAUAUCGGUGUACUUUUAAUUUGUGCUACUCUUGCACUAUCACCAGUCAUCUACAAAUUUAACCAAAAAAAUAAAUCUUGAUGAUUAUUUCCCUUAUACAUAAAAAAAAGCAUCAAAGUGAAAAA